GCUUCGGGAGCUCAGGACCGUCUCUUUGUGUCUGCAGCGUCUCUGUGAAGCUCUGACAGACGGAGGACGGCGGUCGAUAGAGCUCUUCAGAGCUCAGUGAGAUGUUGACUCAAGGUGUUGCAGCAUCUCGAGAAUGCCAUUGAAGUUUAAGAUGAAAAGUCUCUGUUUGCCUGACGGAGUUCCAGAGUUUCUGUGUGACGAGAGGAACUGAAGAGUCAUGGAGAUGAUCUUUACUCUUUCAGUCCUGUUUGAACCUUAUCUAAGUCAGGCUGAGCAGCUCUGACUUCUUAUUCAUGUGAAGAAAUAAUCCAUUUAUCAGUCACAUGAAAAUCAAUCCUCAACAACAGAGCUAAACCUGAUCAGACAUGUGAGGACGUCUCCACAAGACAUCCAGCAGAUGAUUCCUCCUCAUUUGAGACCGAUUUAAAGAAGACUUAUCUUUUGACUUUGUCAAAUCUCGUAAAUAAAGUACUCCUAUUUCACUUUGGGCCCCUGCGUGCCAGACUAAAGGCCCCUGGAGGUCCUCAGACCCUCAGAUCCUCAGACUGAACACGGAAUUAUUAAUCUGAAAGAGUUUGAACACCAAAGAAAGCAGCUUGUGACUGUUUUUAUAUCAAGAUAUUAAUAUAAAGAUGGCGGAGAGAUGAAACCUUUAACUUUUAGUCGACUCAGCAUCUGGUGCUGCGUUCAUGUCCGGGCAUAGUUCCGUUCUUUAUUGCAGGUGAAUCUUACAACACUCAAACGACGCAGAAUCAAGCUGCUUCAUGCUACAACUGCUUGUUGGCAAAGGGAGUUCUGGGAAAUGUAGGAAAUCUCCAGAAUCAUGCGAUUGAAAAGCAAGACCCUUGAGGGGCCCUUGAUGGAUAGUUUAAUGUCGCUAUGAGAAUCUGUUUAUUACAGAGGGUGAGAACGUUUUAACGCGCGCACCUGCUCCUGCGUCUUAACUUGACGAGGGUCCAAAGGACAGAGAGCGCGCGCGCCUGCCCGGACGAUCUCGUGGCUCUGUGUUUGUCUGUCCUCUUGGCUGACAGUGUACACAUGAAGGCGGCCGCGGGGCCCGUGCCACCCCGGUGGGAGGAGAGGACGGAGCGGAGGGCAGGUCCAGCAGGGCGCGGUCUUCUUCUUCUCCCGCGGCACCUCAUCUGUACUGUCGUAGGAUCUCUUCCAUUCCUGCCAGCAGCCCUGCGCCACAGGGACGCAUUGAGAACCAACCCGAGAGGCAGAAAAACCGCUGCGGGGACACCCUUUGACCGCCGUGCCCAACAGGCGCAGCCAGACUGCGCACCGCGCGCCUCCGCGUCUGUCUGCUGCGCUUUUCUCACAGCUCCGACACAGAGAGGCAGCUUUGAACCUGCCUGCCAAGAUAAACUCACCUCGCCUAUUUAUGCCCCUGCCUCCGCGUGCACUCGGGACAGGAGAGAGUCAGCCGCUCAGAGGACAGGUUCACGUCUUUCCGAGUCGUCUCCAGCGGCGCACUGGCCACUUUUACGCGCCGGGAAUGACCACUUUUGGGGACUCGGGAAUGAGUCCUGCUACGUUACCUCCACUCUAGAGUCAUAAAGGGGGACCCACGCAUCAAGAGAAGUACAGCCACCCGCCGGGGGGUCUCAAACCGGCCCGGGGCGGAAUGCUGCUGCCGACGCUGGUGACGUGCCUCGCCGGGUGCGCCUUUCUCCUCUCGCCGGUCAGCGAGGGUUGCGGGCCGGGUAGAGGCUACGGCAAGAGGCGGUCACCCCGGAAGCUCGCGCCACUCGCCUACAAGCAGUUCAGCCCCAACGUGGCCGAGAAGACUUUAGGGGCCAGCGGGAGAUACGAAGGGAAAAUAAGCCGGAACUCUGAGCGCUUCAAGGAGCUCACCCCGAACUACAACCCCGACAUCAUCUUCAAGGAUGAGGAGAACACAGGUGCAGACCGCAUGAUGACACAGCGCUGCAAAGACAAGCUGAACUCUCUGGCCAUCUCGGUGAUGAACCUGUGGCCCGGGGUCCGUCUGCGGGUCACCGAGGGCUGGGACGAGGACGGCCACCACUCGGAGGAGUCGCUGCACUACGAGGGCCGGGCCGUGGACAUCACCACCUCCGACCGGGACCGCAACAAGUACGCCAUGCUGGCGCGGCUGGCGGUGGAGGCUGGGUUCGACUGGGUCUACUACGAGUCCAAGGCCCACAUCCACUGCAGCGUCAAGUCAGAUCACUCCAUGGCGGCUAAAUCUGGAGGUUGUUUCCCCGGCGAGGCCUCGGUGACGUUGGCGAGCGGCGGUCAGAAGUCCAUUGGCGACCUGCGACCUGGCGAGCAAGUCCUGGCGUCGGCGGGCAGCGACGGCAGCGGCGAGCUGGUCUACAGCGAAGUGCUGGUGUUCCUGGACCGAGACCCCGUCACCUGGAAGCUCUUCUACACGCUGCAUACGGAGGCCGGAGCCCGCCUCUCGCUCACCGCCGCCCACCUGAUAUUCGUGUCCGAGGGGAACUGCUCAGAGGGGGCGCUGCCGGCCCGCGGCGCCCUCAGGACCGCGUAUGCCAGUGACGCCCAGCCGGGACAGUGCGUGCUGGUGUCGCAGGGGGAGGCGGGUCGGGGGCGUCUGUCCCGGAUCACCCGGGUCAGCAUGAGCGAGAGCAGGGGGGCGUUUGCACCACUGACCCAGCAGGGGACGCUGGUGGUGGACGGGGUGGUGGCGUCCUGCUACGCGGUGGUGGACCAGCACUCCCUGGCUCACUGGGCCUUCUCGCCGCUCCGGCUGAUCCACAGCUGGACCGGUACCACUGGGAGCCACCGGGACGGGAUCCACUGGUACUCCCGGCUUUUACACUGGCUGGGGAGGAUGCUGCUGGACUCGGGACGCCUCCACCUGCUGGGGGCCGCUCAGGACGACGGGUGAGGACGGAACAAAGGCCACAUGGGUGGAGACUUUCUUUUAACUGGGAUGACCCGGGUACCAGCCUGUACCGGACCAUGAUGGACCGCCUGACGAGACGGGAGACGUUUGGGUUCCUGCUGAGGCAUGAUGGGAGUUUUUUAACAAGGAGGGAGGAGCUGUGAACUGACACAGAUGAACUACAAGAAACACUCAAAGACUUCAAGUGACUGUGUGGAACAAUAAUCCCUUAAUAAUCCCUUAAUCUACUCUUAACAACACCUCACUUACACAUGAGUUAUCACCUUAAGGUGUUAUUAAGGUCUGGAACGUGUUCAGGUGCAAAGUACGGAUGUUUUAAGGGUUUCUCAUUCAGCAUUCAGGUGUUCAAUAGCGUAUUUUGAGGUAUAAAUGUUUUAAAUUAAAGGAUUUUAAAAAUAUAUUUAGUGUUUUUAAAUGGUUAAAAAAACUUACACAUGACAGAAAAACCAUUCCUGACAUUUCACCUUAAAUGAGAAAUAAAGGAACUCUUCAGGUAUAAUUUAAGGGAUUUUUUGUGGGUUAUUUUACCUCUUAAAUAAUUCAGAUACUCAUGACAAACACCACAUUAUAUACAAUGAAUAACCGCCAUAAAAUCAUAUUACAAACUGCUUCACUGUUAUGGUAUGAAAGCAUCUUAAGUAAGAAUGAACGCACGUUUAGGUACGCUGUAUAUUAUGGGAUGGUCUUCAUGUUUAAGGGGUUCUUGCCCCUCAAACGACCUUUAAUCUGUGAAGAAACCCAUAAAGAAUCAUUCAUAUGAUAUAAUCCAUUCAUAUGUACAAUGAUUUGCAUUUUAAAUAUCACAUUAACAUGAACCAACCUGAAUAUCUUAAAUGUAUCAUGACUUGAUUUGUCAAAUAUGUCAGAGGUCAUGAGUAAUUUAAGGGGAAAGUUAGCACUCAACACAUGCAGAUAAUCAGGUAUAAAUAUCAUAUUCACUCCCAUCAAAGCCCGUCACACUCUGAAUAACACCGGGGUGAUUGGUGGUGUUUUAAGGUUUCUUAGUGAAGUCCACUGUGUCAUAUUCUAUGGAACAUUAUUAGAAUAAAUCAUAGUGUAUUUAAGUGUUAUUUGUUUACAGAAAUCUAAUAAUGUUUAAGAAGUUAUUUUGGGUAAAGCGAUAUGAAAAGAUUUAUUUUUUAAAUUAAAUUAUAUGUAAAUGAGA